CAGCCACGUUCUCAAAGACACCACUACAGGCACAGGAUUACUUGCAAAGCAGCCAUUCUCGACUACGGCCGCCAAAAAGCAGAAUAACGAUAGCAUGUCUGACGACAGGCCGACGGGAUUGAUUGCCAAGAGUGGUCUUGAGCUGCUGACGUUCGGCACUCCCAAUGGCCACAAAGCGACCAUUGUCCUUGAGGAGCUGAAGGAAGCCUACGGCAAGCCAGACUAUGUUUUCCAGAGCAUAAACAUUGGACAGAACAUCCAGAAAGAGCCAUGGUAUACAGAGAAGGGACCUAAUGGUCGCAUUCCGGUCCUUGUCGAUCACGACAAUGGCGACCUAGGCAUCAUGGAGGGUUUGGCGAUCCUGUCGUACUUGACGCGACACUUUGAUCCAGAGCACAAGUUCUCCUUCACGAAAGACCCGGAGCUCUCUCUCUGUGAACAAUGGGUUGCCUGGCAACAUGGCGGUCUUGGACCUAUGCAGGGACAGGCAAAUCACUUUUACCGCCUUGCGAAAGAGCGUAUCCCAUACCCUACCCAACGAUAUGUCGGCGAGACAGAGCGCUUAUAUGGCGUGCUUGACAUCCGGCUCAAAGGCCGUGACUAUCUGGUCGGCGACAAAUACUCGAUAGCAGAUAUUGCCAACUUCUCCUGGGUCAAUGUAGCCUACUUUGCCGGAGUUGACCUCGACCAGUUCCCGAACGUGUACAAAUGGUGGGAGAGAAUCAAUGCUCGUCCUGCGGUCCAGAAGGGCAUCGCGAUACCAAACAAGCCGACAUUUACGAACGAGGUGUAUAAGAAGCGAUUGCAGGAAGAGCCGGAAUUCAAGCAGAAGGACGAUGAGCUGAAAGAGAUUUGCAAGAAGGCCAAGGAGCAGUACAACUACAAGUUUUCAGCGCCAUAGAAGUGAAAAGGCAGGGCAAGACGAAAGCGAUCAGAGAGAUGAAGGGUCUCAGGCCGGUCGCGUCAAGGGCAGGUGUAAAAUCAGCACCUAUGAAUCGAUACAAACAAUAAUUCUGCUGCGCGCUUCAGAUCAUUUCGUUCCCAGAACUUCUGAUUUGUAGGACUCGCGCAUUACAUUCGCUCCUUCAACGGAGCGUACGCAUGCGCCAAGGGUUGCUUGACAACUUGAGUCUCAAAGAGCUUCGAGAGCGGAGAGCUUGAGAUCAUCGUCGUUGCAUGAUGAAGGAUCAAGGCACUGUGAUUUACCUCUGUAGCGUAAUCUAGACCCAAUGCCUGCCUGGACUUUAGCAAAUGCACAAGCUCUUAGCUUG